CAAUACUUCACUCUCGGGGAAGAUAAUACGAAUCUGCGGGUAAACGAGGGGAUAGACCGAGAGCGCAUCUGCGGGGCCGUGUCGCCCUGUGUCCUCAGUUUGGAGGCAGUCGUGGAAAACCCUUUCAAUAUAUUUCAUGUCAGCGUUACUAUCCAGGAUAUCAAUGACAACGCGCCGCAUUUUGACAGAGAAUUUGUUGCCAUAGAAAUGAUCGAAUCCACUCCUCCUGGGGCCAGGUUCCCACUGGGCAGUGGCAGAGAUCCCGACAUUGGGGAGAACUCAUUACAAAACUACUUAAUUACCCCCAACCCGCUCUUCUCCCUUGUAGUGAGGGAGAGUCCUGAUGGAACGAAGCAGCCAGAAUUAGUGUUGGAGAAAAGCUUAGAUCGAGAAAACCAGAGAAAUCACCAUUUGAUACUGACGGCGGUGGAUGGAGGAGAUCCAGUCCGAUCCGGGACGGCCCAGAUAAAGAUUACCGUGACCGACGCAAAUGACAACCCGCCGGUAUUCACCAAAGAGAUCUACAAGGUUCAACUGCUGGAAAACCUGCCAGAGGGCUCCUUAGCUUUUCAGGUGAAAGCUACUGACGCCGACGAAGGUACAAAUGCAGAAAUUACCUACUCCUUCAGUGACAUCGCAAACAGUGCUCGCCAGCUCUACACUCUGGACUCCAGGACAGGGGAAGUGAAGGUUACAGGGCCCUUAGAUUAUGAAGAAGGAAAAUACUACGAAGCAAGUGUUGAAGGCAAGGACGGCGGCGGACUGAGUGCGCACGCCAAAGUGCAAAUAGACAUUCUAGACGUGAACGACAAUGCGCCAACAGUUUCCCUCCUGCCUAUCUUGAACCCGAUACCGGAAGACUCGGGCCCAAGCACAGUUGUAGCUGUGAUCAAUGUCCGUGACAGAGACUCGGGGGAUAAUGGAGAAGUGAGGUGCGACAUCGACGGCAAUUUGCCUUUCAGACUAGAACCGUCAUCAGAGAACACCUAUAAACUCAUAAUAGCCAGUGCCUUGGACAGAGAAAAAGUCUCCACUUACAAUAUCACCAUCACUGCGAGGGACCAGGGCAGCCCGGCGCU